AUGAUGUUCGCUGACGGCGAGGAGCCCGUCGGAGUUAGGGUUCUUACAUACCAGUCAUCUCACGCCAUUAACUCAAUUCUGAAUGCUCUCGAUGAAGAGGAGAUUCAGUUUAUCCGAGAAUCAUCCUUUGGUAAGCUAGUCGAUAUCGGUGAGAAACCCGGCUUCUCUGCCUGUCUUGCAAUUGUAUCAUCUGUUUUGUUAUCUACUAAUCUGAAGAUUAAGAUGUUGAAGGAACACGCUGAGUUGCUUGAGGACAUCGAUGAGUUCUUUGCUUUCCCGUGGCUGGUUAUUGUCGAAGCUGUUCCUUCGCUGACCGAAGUAGUGCAAGAAUCUUAUUCGUCUUCAGAGUCAGAUAGUGAUGAAGAUGAUGUUGAUCGCGGUACAAGGAAGACAAAGAAGAAGACUUUAAGUCUUGCACAUGCUCGCGAAGUUGACAAGAAAGAAUCGGUUUUGGUGCGGAGUAUAAUACCUCAAGACCCAGCUAGGCUGGUGGACGAGUUUGUGCUUGUAUGGUCCGAUGAAGUUGUUGACAUAAAAGUGUCGUUUAUGUUUACUUGCAUUAACGAUAACCAUGUAUUUACAAAAAAUAUGUUCAGAGGAGGGGUUACCAAAGCUGAUGUUGAAAGGAUGCGUGAGAAGGCUAAAACAGCAGGGAAAAAGAAAGGACUUCCUAAGAAGGCUAAAGAUCCACCAGUUGGCAUGGAAGACGAAAGCAUAAUAACCUCUAUUGUAAAUGUUAUACUGCGCCCCGAGCUUAACAGGAUUGAUGGGGAUAUUGCUGAUGUUGUUUCCUCCCUGAAAGAGGUCUCUGUCGAGUCUGUUGGUUACGAAAAGAAGGUUAUUGCAAUAGUUGAAGGAAUGUUUCAGUCUUUCAAGACUGAGAUGAUGAAAUCUAUGCCGACAGUAAAUACGCAAUCACCUGUGCAGCCUCCGAAAUCGACUGAAGCGUUUGAAGGGCCUGCAGAUGAAGUUGUUCCUAGAAAGACAACUCCCGUUGCUCGUGAUGGUAAUGAUGAGAUAAUCGAUAAUGGUUUUGCUGACAAAUCCUGUUUCCAGCAAUCGGUCAACCCUUUCGAUGGAACUGUGGAGGAGAACAACACUAGAAAUGAAAUGUUGGACACUCAACCCGUUGAAGCUGAAUCUCCACAUCCGCAUCUGUCUAACAUGCCUUCUAAUGGAAAACUCCUGUCAUUCUCACUUGGCCUCACUCAUGAGCUUGGUGGACAUCAUGAUGAUAAUGAUGAUGAUGAGAUGGGAGAGAACGGAGAUCAGCUUAGUACGAAACACAAUGGAGAGGGUGUAGGAGAUGGAGGAGAGACAUUACUGUGCCGUAAAAGCAAGCGCCUCCGGACCGUCCCACCUCAGUUGCUCACCGACUAUCAAUGUGAAAGUGCCAUAGUUAACCGUGCCAGGGAAGGACAGAUUUUCGGUAAUGGUACUUAUGAUUUAGCAGAUAUUCAUGAAAAGUACUUCCGUCUGAAGCUUCUACUCAGGAAAGAUUGCGUUAUAAACGUGGCUGGUCUCUCCGUAACUGGCAAGGCAUCACGGACAUUGGAGAAUGAAACCGGUUUCUCCCAGGCAGAGUCUGUUAUGGACAUUCUUAUGAGGGUCGUUUCAGCAUGUGUCAACAGCCAAAUUUGUGCUACCUCACAUACCUCUACCGUUUUUCUUGAUUGUCGACUUCAAGUUUUGUUGUCUAGGAACUUUCCAAAGUUCAGGAGAGCAAAGUCGGGAACUCCGUAUAUUUUCACCAAGGCUCUCGUCGAUAUGGUGAUGAAGAGUUUGAAUUCUAACACUACUGCCUCACGUUUCUACAUGCCUCUCACCUUCGUACGGAAACACUGGAUCGGGAUUUGCGUUGAUUUCACUGCCGGGAAAAUAUAUGUUCUAGACUGCAACCCUGAACUGAUGAAUGCGAAUGGUUUAACCAAAGAGCUUGCUCCAUAUCUAGAGACGCCAGUUGUUGUUGAAACUGUCAAAGGGGUGGUGCACAACACCAACCCCGCCGAAGCGGCCAUGACUGCUUGUUUGUUGAUUCACACUCAUGCGUUGUAUGGACCACAAACUUGUAGUUCUAUCACUCCAUUACUCAUUCCAGACGAGGCACAAAGGGCAGCUGUGAUGAUUUAUGAGUUCCACAAGAAGCUCUAG